CCUGCACAAAAGAGAAGGGGAAGGCCUCAAAAACCCUUAAAAGAUGAGAUUGAUGAAGAAGAAACUGAGAAAAUAGAGGCAGAUGACAGUGAGAAUGGAAAGGCUGGUAUUGCAAGCAAGGAGAUCAAAAGCCCCUCUGUGGCAGAGAAUGGUAAGAAGAGGAAGCGGUACUCACAGGUGAAGGAGAAGUCAGAUUCGGUUAAGGAGGAAAAUGGUAUUGGGACACGAUCAAGCACCGAUGACUCAACUAAGUCUAAUGGAUUUCGGCAUAAUGGGAGCAGACGGAAAAACAAGCCCCGUCGAGCUGCUGAAGCCGGUGUUGAAUGCAAGUGAGAGUAUGGUAACCUGUUGCACUGGUUUCUUCCUCUCCACAACGCCAGAAACAUCUCGGGACAGGAAGUGAGACCUAGUAAAUCUCUAGUUUUUUCUUCUUUUUCUGGUUAAUUGUUCGUUCUUCGGUAAUUUCGUAUCAUAAUUCCUUUUUUGAUUUGAAUUGUGAAAUUUGGAAUGCAUUCUGAUGGAUGUAGUUUUCCAUGGUGCUAUGAUAUUUUAAAUUUUGACUAUUUAUUUCUUUGCACUGUAUAAUUUGCAGAACGUAUUUAAGGCUUUAACCAGUUGCUAUCUUCACAGUA